AAGCCUCUGCGAGUUCAAAGGUCAAAUAGAAUUGCGCAGGGCAGGAAGUUGCGUCAGAACCUGCGGCGUGGUGGAGCGAACACAUCCAUGUUGUACGGAAGGCGAUGCACUUCUCCUCCGUUGGGGGAGAUGCGGUCAACCGUGGUGCCGCCCCGCUGUGGGCUGGGCUGGGGCCACGCAGAAAUCUAUUGGAAGUCGCUGUAGAAGCAAACGCAAAUGACAAGCUACAAAGGGCAGAGUUGCAGGCAACAGAAGCCAACUCUGGUAACAAGCAAAAAGGGAAGGGGAAGGAUGCAAGGGCUGCUCAGAGAAUAGAUAAUAUGAUAAAUAUUAACAACAAUAACGUGACACUGAAGAUACCACAUGGCGGCUCACUGGCCCAUCCCCUCUCAAGACUGCUGCUCUGGGGACCACCUCUCUGCUCUCCAUCGCCACCGCUCUAGCCUGUGGCCUGCUCCUGGUUGAAGAAGCCAUCCUCUCAAUAAAAAUGAAUACCACUCUGAAAAUCUUGGGUGGUCCAACCUGAUAUUUUUGCAUAGUGGCCACAGAUAUUUUAGGCCCCCAAGAGGUAGUCUUACUCUUUCAAUUUUACUGGCUCCACUGUUUGAGGAACUUGGAAUAAUUUCUCCAGGGGCUGGUCUGGAGGUACUAUUGAAUAACAUCACAGUGUUUUUCUUCCUCCCCACUAAGGGCCAGCUGAUGUCUCAAGACUAGACAUAAAGCUUUUGGCGCUCAACUCACUCAGAAUGAGAGCCCUGCUUUCCCUCAGCACUCCUGCCCUUCGAGGGUGGGGCCAAACAUUUUCUUUCUUUGUUACUGGGGACUUUUGAUCUUGGUUUUCGAUAUUUGUCAUUGCCAGGAGAAUUAGGACCCUGUGUCUUGGUAAAUUGUAAGACCACUGUGGAUUUGGGGUUGUCUCAUUUCCCCAUUCCUCCCUUCACAAGAAGAGAGAAAGAGAGAGAACACCCAAACCCUGCAUCACCGCUCACUCACCUGUCCACAGCCUGUGGAACAGCCGUUCGGGCAGCUGUCACAAGCUGUUCACACAGCUUUUCUGAGAGAUUGGCAGUCUCCAUGAGGAAGUGCUUAUAACUCUCUGCUACGGUUUGAAUGUGUCCUCCAAAGUUUAUGUGUUGGAAACUUAAUACUCAAUACAACAGUGUUGACAGGUGGGGCCUAUAAGAGGUGAUUGGAUCACAAGCCUCUGCCCUCAUGAAUGGAUUAGCGUUACUGAAAGAGCGGGACUGUUAUGCAAGCAAGUUUAGCCCCCUUCCUGUGUGCUCUCUCUCUCUGUGUCUCUUUCUCUCUGAAAAAGAGUGGGAGUUAGAUGCUUUUUU